AUGGGAUGCUGCGCCCAUGAUCACGACUGUGAGGCUUCAGAGUGUGGACCUGCUUGGUCCCUGCACGAACACAUCGAUCACUCCAACAUCGCAGCGCUCAACGAAGCCCAAGCUGGCAGUGUGCGCAGUGUGUUUCGGCCCUGGGCAGAGCGUCUGGAUCUGUCACAGCCAACUCUGAACUCCAAUGAUGAUGAUCCUGAGCUGCUCAUCCAUGUGCCGUUCAAUGGAUCUGUGAAAAUAAAGGCUAUCAGCAUCAUUGGGGGAGCAGAUGGGACGGCGCCAUUACAGCUCAGGGCCUACACUAACCGCGAUGACCUGGACUUCUCACUCGUUGCAGACCUGCCACCAGUGCAGCAAUGGGACCUCCAAGAGAAUCUCACUGGCCAGAUUGAGUACCCCACUCAGGUCCCCAAGUUCAGCGGUGUGCACUCCAUCGACCUCUACAUCCCUUCCAAUUUUGGCGCUGAUUCCACGCGCAUCCACUUCAUUGGCCUCAAGGGGGAGUUCACGGAGGGGAAGCGGGAAGCUGUUAUUGCUGUGUACGAGGCAAAGCCUUUGAUCUCGGAUCACAAGAUACCAGGGGCCGAUUUCAUGUCUGGUCAAGAUGUGUCUUGA